AUGACAAUGUGCAAAGUCACCGCAGUCCGAGGCGCAGUGGCCCUUGUGCUAGCUACCGCCGGUGUCUCUGCUUCCGCCACGAGCCCGUUGACCUCCAAGGCCGGCCAGGUCGGCGUGAUUCCUAGCUGGCAUUUCCAAUCGUCGUCCUCGGCGGGCAAAGACCUGGCCUCGCUGUCUCAGCCGGGCGUCGACACCUCAUCAUGGUACCACGCCAAUCAAUCUCGAUGCACUACCAUGGGGUGCAUGAUCGCGGCGGGCAUGUACCAAGACGACUCCCUGUGGUUCUCGGAUAAUCUGUCCACGGUGGACUGGGGCCAAUUCCGCGACCCUUGGGUCUACCGGAACGAGUUCUCGCUCUCUUUAAAUAACGGCCAGCAGCACUAUUUCCUCCAGACCAACGGCAUCACUGCCCGGGCCGACAUCUUCCUCAACGGAAACCAGGUCGCAGAUAGAGAGCAACAGGCAGGCUCUUUCGGUGGCCAUAGCUACGACAUCACCAGUCUUGUGGGCGGCCGGAAUGCCCUCGCCGUCAACGUGUACCCCUCAGACCACAACCACGACCUUAUUUAUACCUUUGUUGACUGGAGUCCCCGCGCGCCUGACAACGGAACCGGUAUCUGGAGGGACAUGACGGUCAAGCAGACCGGGCCCGUGGCACUGGGGCCCGUGAGCGUGUCCGUCGACAUUGAGAUUCCCGUCAAGUCUAGUCCCGCCAGAGUGAGCGUCCGCGCAAAGGUGCAGAAUCUCAAGGACCACCCAGUCCAGGUGGAUGCGACUUCGGUCCUUUCCGAGGCGUCCGGCUGCAUUGCCGCGUCCCAAACGACGUCUCUCACCCUAGAGCCCAAGCAGACCAAGCUUGUCGAGGUUCCUCACCACGUCGAGACGCCAAAGAUAUGGUGGCCCAGGUCCUGGGGCGGCCAGCCCUUGUACAAGGCCCGGCUCACGUUGAGGGUCGCCAACGAAACCUCCGACGUUGCAGAGGAAACAUUUGGCAUUCGAACCGUCACCGCGGCCCUCAACAGCCACAACGACACCAUGUUCACCGUCAACGGCUAUCCGUUCCGGGUUCUUGGCGCCGGAUAUAGCCCGGACAUGUUCUUCCGCUGGCAUGACAAGCGGUGGGCCGAUAUUAUGAGAUACUCCCACGACAUGGGUCUCAACACUAUCCGUCUGGAAGGCAUGAUGGAACAUCCGGAGCUGUACCGAAUGGCCGAUGAGGCCGGCAUGAUGAUCCUUGCCGGCUUCGUUUGCUGUUCCAAGUGGGAGGCCUGGAGUCACAACGCCGACAUCAGCCCCAACAUCCCCUGGACCGACAAUGACUACGAGACAGCAAAGUCCGCGAUGCGGCACGAGGCCGCCAUGAUGCAGACACACCCCUGCCUCCUUGGAUUCCUGCUCGGCAGCGACUCUUGGCCCGACGACCGCGCCACCGACAUGUACGUCGAUACCCUCAAGGAUAGUUACUGGCAGACCCCUAUCAUCGCAUCCGCAUCCAAGCGAGGCUUUCCCGCUCUUCUCGGCCCCUCGGGCAUGAAAAUGAGCGGACCUUACGACUGGGUGCCGCCCAACUACUGGUACGACACGGAACCAUCCGAGGACCGUCUAGGUGCCGCCUUUGGAUUCGGCUCCGAGCUCGGCGCUGGAGUCGGAACGCCCGCAAUCAGCAGUCUCAAAAAGUUCAUGACCCAAGAGGAGAUGGAGGACCUCUGGAUGAAGCCCGACGCCAAAUUUGUCCACAUGUCAACCAAUACUUCUGCAUUCCGCAGGCGCACCAUCUACAACGAGGCCUUGGCCAGGCGCUACGGCAAACCUACGUCUCUGCGUGACUACAUGUUCAAGACUGAGCUCAUGGACUACGAGUCCACCCGCCCACAGUUCGAGGCCUACUCUGCUCGGCAGAGCCAGGACCGCCCAGCCACGGGCACCAUCUACUGGAUGCUGAACAAUGCCUGGCCCAGCUUGCAUUGGAACCUGUUCGACCACUACCUGCACCCGGCCGGCUCGUACUUUGGCACCAAGGUCGGGUCCCGACUGGAACACGUUGCAUACGACUAUGUCCGCGAGGAGGCGUGGAUCAUCAACCACAGCCUCGACAGAAAGGGCAGGCGCACUAUUGCUAUCGAUCUAAUUGGGCUGGACGGCGAGUCCGUCUCCAAGGAUUCCGUCACUGUCGACACCACUCCCAACAAGUCCGGCAAGGCCGCCAAGAUAUCCGGUUCGGACAACAUCACAGACGUUGCUUUCUUGCGUCUCAUCUUGUCGGACCACAACGGCCAGGCUCUCAGCCGAAAUGUGUACUGGCUGGCCAAGUCGAAAGAUGCGCUGAACUGGUCCAACUCAACAUGGUACCACACCCCCGUGACCGAAUUCUCCGACUACGGUGCCCUCAGCAAGAUGAAGACGGCCAAGUUGUCCGUCACGGCGUCCAAGAAUGGCAGCGCCCACUCCCUUGUUCUCGAGAACAAGUCGCGUGUUCCUGCAUUCUUUAUCCGUCUGAACCUUGUCGACGAGGCCGGCGAGGACGUCAACCCCGUCUUCUGGUCAGACAACUACAUCACACUGUGGCCAUGGGAGAAGCUGGCACUGAUGGUGAACGCGGACGGGCGGGGGACACAGGUGCUCGUGAACGGAGGAAAUGUCGAGGCUUCACAAGUGAUGCUGUAA